AGAGGGAGCCCCUGCGCUCCGCGGCCGGGCGGAGAGCGAAGCCGGGCGCGUCCCGUCCCGCAGCCGGCUCCAGCCGCUCCGCAAGCCCCUGUGUACUCGCCGCUGCCCGCAAGCAGGAGGAGCAGAGGGAGGAGGAAGAGCAGCAGGAGGAGGAAGGCAGCCAGCAAAGCGAGCAGCCCGCAGCGGGGCACGCACGUGUGCGCGCAGCCUUUCGACGGCCGCCCUCCAGCAUGCUGCGCGGAGCUGCGCGGGGCAGCGCGGCGGAGAGGAGCUGACCGCGGGCGAAGAACGGAGCCGAGCAGAGCGGAGGAGCGGCUCCGCGGAAACCGCCGUGCAUCCGUCCCGUCCGGCCUCCCUCCGACACACACCCCUUCGAGGGAGCCGGCGGUCCCGCAGCAUGGGCGGCCGCAGCCCCCUCGCUGCCGCCGGCGCCGCUGUCCUGGUGCUGCUCCUGGGGCGCUUCGCUCUUUGCGUCGCCGUGGAGGAAAAGAAAGUUUGUCAAGGGACAAAUAACAAGCUGACCCAACUGGGACAUGUGGAAGACCAUUUCACCAGCCUGCAGAGAAUGUACAACAACUGCGAGGUGGUACUCAGCAACCUGGAGAUUACAUAUGUGGAGCACAAUCGUGACCUCUCUUUCCUGAAGACGAUACAGGAGGUUGCAGGCUACGUUCUCAUCGCACUUAACAUGGUGGAUGUCAUUCCCCUAGAAAACCUCCAGAUCAUCCGAGGAAAUGUGCUGUAUGACAACUCUUAUGCUCUGGCAGUUUUAUCCAAUUACCACAUGAAUAAAACCCAGGGACUCCGAGAGCUGCCGAUGAAACGGCUGUCAGAAAUUCUCAAUGGAGGUGUUAAAAUCAGCAACAACCCCAAACUGUGCAACAUGGACACUGUUCUCUGGAAUGACAUCAUUGACACAAGCAAGAAGCCUCUCACAGUCCUUGAAUUUGCAAGCAGCCUGUCUUCUUGUCCCAAAUGCCAUCCAAACUGCACAGAAGACCACUGCUGGGGCCCUGGCGAGCAGAACUGCCAGACAUUAACAAAAGUCAUCUGUGCCCAGCAGUGCUCUGGCCGGUGCAGGGGAAAGGUGCCCAGUGACUGCUGCCACAACCAGUGUGCUGCGGGGUGCACGGGGCCUCGGGAGAGCGACUGCCUGGCAUGUCGCAAGUUUCGGGAUGAUGCUACGUGCAAGGAUACAUGUCCCCCAUUGGUCCUGUAUAACCCCACCACUUAUCAGAUGGAUGUCAACCCUGAUGGAAAGUACAGCUUUGGAGCCACUUGUGUGAGGGAAUGUCCACACAACUACGUGGUGACAGACCACGGCUCCUGCGUUCGCUCAUGCAAUACCGAUACUUACGAAGUGGAAGAAAAUGGUGUUCGGAAGUGUAAAAAGUGUGAUGGGUUAUGCAGCAAAGUGUGCAACGGCAUUGGAAUAGGUGAACUUAAAGGGAUCCUCUCCAUAAAUGCCACAAACAUUGACUCCUUCAAAAACUGUACCAAGAUCAAUGGGGAUGUCAGCAUCCUCCCAGUUGCAUUUCUAGGUGAUGCCUUCACAAAGACCUUACCCUUGGACCCCAAGAAGCUGGAUGUCUUCAAAACAGUCAAAGAAAUAACAGGAUUUUUGUUGAUUCAGGCCUGGCCUGAUAAUGCUACUGAUCUCUAUGCUUUUGAAAAUCUGGAGAUUAUACGAGGCAGAACCAAGCAACAUGGCCAAUAUUCCCUUGCCGUUGUUAACUUGAAAAUACAGUCCUUAGGACUGCGCUCCCUCAAGGAAAUCAGUGAUGGAGAUGUUGCCAUUAUGAAGAACAAGAACCUCUGCUAUGCUGACACCAUGGACUGGCAAAGACUGUUUGCAACUCCAAGCCAGAAAACAAAGAUUAUACAGAACAGAAAUAAAAAUGAGUGUGCUGCUGCCAGGCAUGUUUGUGACCCCCUGUGCUCAGAUGUGGGCUGCUGGGGCCCUGGACCCUUCCACUGCUUCUCCUGCAGGUUUUUUGAUCGCCAGAAGGAGUGUGUGAAACAGUGCAACAUCCUGCAAGGGGAGCCAAGAGAGUUUGAAAGGGAUUCCAAGUGCCUCCCGUGCCACCCCGAGUGCCUGGUGCAGAACUCCACCAUGUACAACGCAACCUGCACUGGACCUGGCCCUGACAAUUGCAUGAAGUGUGCCCAUUUUAUAGAUGGCCCCCAUUGUGUGAAAUCCUGCCCGGCGGGAGUUCUGGGUGAGAAUGACACCCUUGUCUGGAAAUACGCUGAUGGGAAUGCUGUUUGCCAGCUCUGCCAUCCAAACUGCUCCCGGGGGUGCAAAGGGCCAGGUCUUGAAGGCUGUCCAAACGGGUGA